AGUUUGUUUCUUACGUUAGCGGCUUUCCUUUAUUCUAUUGAAUUAAGUUUACAGAUGGACUACCCCGAUUUUGCAUUUGGCGGAAUGUUCUCUUACUAUCGACCUUACUUGUACGCACAUGAAGAAUCAAUACCUGUUGGUCAUCGUAGAGAAUCGUUUUCUUCUAGUGACGAAUCUCCGCCUCGUUAUGCUGUUUUAAAAAAAUAUCCUAUUCCUAGUGGCUAUAAGAUAACAAAUGUUAAGACUCGCGGUCUUCUUCGCAUUACAUUUGGAGAAGAAAUUGGUCCCCUUUACAGAAUAACCCUACCAGCUAGGGUACUAGUAUCGCCGGAUAAUUUCAUUGUUGGAAAAAUAAAUUCUUAUGGUGUACUGUUAAGAUUAUAUUUUACAGUAUUAUAUGGUCGCAAACCGAUUAAAAUACACUUGAAGAGCGGUAUGAUUCAUCGACUUUCGGAAACAGAAAUUGAGAUUGUACCUUUUCACCGUUUGAUUGAAACGAAGAAUUUGACUCAAUACAAUAAAUCUUCAAACUUUGUAAAUUCAAUGGGUAUUAAAGUAGCUUUGCUAAUUGUAAGAGCGAUAUUAAAGUCAGUAUUUCAUGCUCCAAAGCGAGCAGUCCAAAUCGAAAACGCUCAGGAUAUUGAUGCCCUGAGUAAAAAUUAA